AUGAUGUUUCGAGUCAACAUGCUGACCUACACACAUGCGGUGGUCCGCGAGUCGAUGCAAGUCCACACCAACGUUGGCACCAUACGUCAUGGCGACUCUGGCUUCUUCCUUACGGGUCCUCCAGGCUCAGGUCCUGGUUUCGAAGGAAAGAACCUGCCGGCUGAUGACUUUGGUCCGUGGGACGGCGUGCCUACCAUUCAUCGAGACCCCGAAAUAUGGCAUAGGGCCGACGAGUUUGUACCGGAGCGGUUCCUCGUCACAGACACCGAUGAUCCUCGUUGCCCGCCACCCAAUGCCUGGCGAGCCUUUUCUGCAGGCCCCAGAAACUGCAUCAGACAGCACCUUGCCCUGGUUGAGAUCAAGCUGGCCAUGGCUAUGACGGCGAGGUGUUUCGACAUUGACUGUUCAAGAAAUAAAGAUACGAAGACAGACCCCACUGUUUGGGGCGAUCGUUAUUAUCAAGUUGGCAGAUAUGGACCACCACGGGUCAAGGAGGGCAUGCCAGUACAUAUGAAGGUGCGCUCCCGGGUCUAG